AUGGCUACCACUGACGAUGCUCUCGAAACCUACAACCAUCUUCCCGUCCAUAUCGACCCUUCGACCAAAGCGGUGUCAGUCAAUUCUUCGGACAAAGCUGUUCAGGAUGCAGUUGCGCUGGUGAAUGAUCUACACACUCAGUUCAAGUCUCUUGAGACAGCCAAUAAUAUUCCCCCUCCUCCAGUCCCGGUCAACCCAAAGCGCACGGCUCAGAUCAAUAAACUGCGCGAGUCUGCUGGGCAGUCCGCGAAGAAGGGGAACAACGCCGAAGCCGUUCGCCUUUUGACUUUUGCGCUCGACAUGGCCUCUGCACGGCCGGACUGGGAGCCGGUGGGUCUCAAGAGGGAGGAACUGGCAAUUUGCUACCUUGCCAGAGCGGCAGCAAACGCCGAGUUGCGUGAGUGGGUGGAUGCCUGGCGCGACGCCCAGUGCAGCACCGAAUGCAAGAAAGGCCCGAGCCAAACCCCACAGGGCCAGAGAAUUUUGGGCAACCCAAAAGCCUUUACGAUUGGAGGCAAGGCUCUGUUGGAGAUGGGGAGAACAGAGGAGGCGGUUCAGUGGCUGGAGAAGGGCGUCGAGACCGAAGGAACGCAGACCGAUGAUUGCAAAGCCAUGGAGAAGCUGCUGCAAGAAGCGAGAGCGAAGCUACAAGCGGAGGGUUGA